AUGGCAGUUGCCCCCGAACUCACUCAUGAUCAGUCCAAUGGCGGGCUCGAAAUCAUACGUCCUUCUCUUACCCAAGAUGAGCUAGAGGACAUCCCCGGCACGCGCCGCCUCUUCGACAGUGAGGGCCACACCCUCCUGUCGCUGGGCGGCGAUGCCUCCUCGCUCAAUAAACACGGCGACAUUGUCCUGGUCCCGCAGCCCACCGACUCGCCUAACGAUCCUCUGCAAUGGAGUAUGGCGCGCAAGAUCUGGCACACAGCACUCGUGUGCUUCAUCACCGCUCUGACGGCCGCCACGUCCAAUGAUGCAGGCUCCGCCUCUGAAGGCUUCAACGAGGAGCUGGGCAUCGACUAUUCGUACUUCAAUACGGGCGCCGGCGUACUCUUCAUAGGAAUCGGCUACUGGGCGCUGCUAUCCUCUCCCGCCGUACAUCUCUACGGCCGGAGGCUGCUGUACCUCGUCUCCAUGAUCCUUGGACUCAUCGGUAGCGUUUGGUUCGGCGCCGCCAAGAGUGCUGACGACACCAUCUGGAGCCAGCUGUUUGUGGGCGCAUCUGAGGCCGUCGCCGAGGCCGUCGUGCAGCUGAGCCUUAUGGACUUGUGGUUCGAGCACCAGGCCGGCGCGGCUAUUGGCGUGUAUGUCCUGGCCACCAGCGUGGGAACCUACAUGGGUUCUCUGAUCGCGAGCUAUAUCUCCGAGACCCUCGGCUUUCGUUGGGUGGGGUACAUGGGUGCUGCCUUCUCGGGCGGCACGUUCCUGCUGCUGUUCUUCGGCCUGGAGGAGACGGGCUUCGACCGCGCGGGUUACACGACGAUGCACGGCCUCAACAUCACGGAGCGAGUCGGUCGCGCCACGGAUGAGGUAGCUGGCGCCGUUGAAAAGAAGUCCGAUGCCGCGGCGGGCGGGGUCUCGGGAACGGCAACGCCACUCGCGGGCGGCGGCGACCUCGAGAGGUCGGGCUCACGGUUCGCCGAGCCCGAGGCCCAGAAGCCGUACUGGCAGCGGAUCCGGGUCAUCACGCCGGCGCGCAACCUCCGCGGCACGGGGUUCAAGCAGUACUUCAAGCGGCUGUUCCACACGCUCAAGGUGUUCACGUUUCCGGCGGUGUGGUACGCGGGCCUGCAGUGGGGCGCGCAGAGCGCGUGGCUCACCUUCUACCUGACGGUCGAGCAGGACACGUGGUACGAGGCGCCGUGGUACUACACCGACGGCGAGGUGGGCAACAUGAACAUCCCGACCGUGAUAGGCGCGGUGAUCGGGUGCUUCAUCGCCGGCUGGGGCAGCGACUGGUUCACGCUGUGGCUGACGCGGCGGCGCGGCGGGAUCAUGGAGGCCGAGUGUCGCCUUUGGCUUAUGAUUCUGCCGACUGUCGUCUUCCCCACAGGCAUGUUUCUCUUCGGUAUCGGCUCGGGGCGCGGCUGGGACUGGCCCGUCCCCUACGUCGGGCUAGGGUUCAUCGGGUUUGGGUAUGGCUGCGCGGGUGACCUGUCUAUGGCGUACCUUGUGGACGCGUACCCGGAGAUGGUUUUGGAAGGUAUGGUGGGUGUCGCUGUCAUCAACAAUACCAUCGGGUGUAUCUUCAGCUUCGUCACCAGCCCAUGGAUGGACGCCAGCGGUGUUGAGAACACGUUUAUUGCCGCGGGGGUGCUGGCUUUUGCGGCGCUGGCGACCAGCCUGCCCAUGGCGCUGUUCGGCAAGGCGGCGCGGAGGCGCACGCGCGAACGGUAUAACUUGUUUGUGGCUGGGCGUGAUGGGCUGGGGAGCUGA